UCUGCGAGGCUGGGUUUGACAGGCGGGGAGCGCCGCGGCAGCAGGUGAGGGACGGGGGCAUGGAGGCAGCGUAGGGAGAGGAGGAGGGCGGCGAACGGCGCUGUUCGCGCUGACGGAGGGGAGGAGACGGCCCUGCCCGCCGCAGGGACUCGCCGGGAGGAGCGGAGCGGAGCCGGAGCCGGGCUCGGGCAGGUCCGGCCGGGAGGAUGGGCAACGCCGACUCCAAGCUCAACUUCAGGAAGGCGGUGAUCCAGCUCACCACCAAGACCCAGCCUGUGGAGGCAACGGAUGAUGCCUUCUGGGACCAGUUCUGGGCAGACACUGCAACUUCGGUGCAGGAUGUCUUUGCCCUUGUGCCAGCUGCAGAAAUCCGAGCAGUGAGGGAAGAAUCUCCUUCUAACUUGGCCACUCUGUGUUAUAAGGCCGUAGAGAAGCUGGUUCAGGGAGCGGAGAGCGGCUGCCACUCGGAGAAGGAGAAGCAAAUCAUCCUGAACUGCAGCCGGCUCCUCACCCGCAUCCUGCCCUAUAUCUUUGAGGAUCCUGACUGGAGAGGCUUCUUCUGGUCCACUGUCCCUGGGGCCGGCCGUGGAGGGGGUGAUGAAGAGGAUGAAAAUGCCCGGCCCCUGGCUGAGUCAUUGCUCCUGGCAAUCGCAGACCUACUCUUCUGUCCAGAUUUCACUGUCCAGAGCCACCGGAAGAGCACUGUGGACACGGCGGAGGAUAUCCACUCUAUUGACAGCUGUGAGUACAUCUGGGAGGCUGGGGUGGGCUUUGCUCACUCCCCCCAGCCCAACUACAACCAUGAUUUAAACCGGACAGAGCUGCUGAAACUCCUGCUGACAUGUUUCUCGGAGGCCAUGUACCUCCCCCCCUCCUCGGACAGCAGCAAUGCCAAUCCCUGGGUGCAGUUCUUUUGCUCCACAGAGAACAGGCAUGCAUUGCCGCUCUUCACCUCUCUCUUGAAUAUCGUCUGUGCCUACGACCCAGUGGGUUAUGGGAUCCCCUACAACCACCUGCUCUUCUCCGACUACCGGGAACCCCUUGUGGAGGAGGCGGCCCAGGUGCUGAUCGUCACUUUGGACUACGACACCUCCACCAGCUCAAGCCCCACAGUGGAUGGCACCACUACCGGCACCGCCAUGGAUGAUGUGGAUCCUCCAGGGCCAGACAACCUGUUUGUGAAUUAUUUGUCUAGGAUACACAGAGAGGAGGACUUCCAGUUCAUCCUCAAAGGAGUGGCACGUCUGCUUUCGAACCCACUGGUCCAGACCUACCUGCCAAACUCAGCCAAGAAAAUCCAAUUCCAUCAGGAGCUCCUUGUUCUCUUCUGGAAACUCUGCGACUUUAAUAAGAAAUUCCUCUUCUUCGUGCUGAAGAGCAGCGAUGUGCUUGACAUCCUGGUUCCGAUCCUCUACUUUCUCAAUGAUGCCAGAGCAGAUCAAUCUCGAGUGGGAUUGAUGCACAUCGGCGUCUUCAUUCUAUUGCUGCUCAGUGGGGAACGUAACUUUGGUGUCCGCCUGAACAAGCCGUACUCCGUGCGAGUGCCCAUGGACAUCCCCGUCUUCACAGGGACGCACGCGGAUCUUCUCAUCAUAGUCUUUCACAAGAUCAUAACCAGCGGGCACCAGCGACUGCAGCCCCUCUUCGACUGCCUGCUCACCAUCAUCGUGAAUGUGUCUCCCUACCUGAAAUCUCUUUCCAUGGUUGCUGCCAACAAGCUGCUGCACCUCCUGGAGGCCUUUUCCACCACCUGGUUCCUCUUCUCCACGGUCCAGAACCACCAUCUCAUCUUCUUCCUGCUGGAGGUUUUCAAUAACAUCAUCCAGUACCAGUUUGAUGGGAACUCCAACUUGGUCUAUGCCAUCAUCCGCAAGCGGAACGUGUUUCACCAGCUGGCCAACUUGCCCACGGAUGCUCAGUCCAUCCAGAAAGCUCUGCAGCGCAAGAAGAAGACGCCAGAGCCCAUUUCUCGCACCAACUCCCAAGAUGGGCUCUCCAUGGAAGGGUCCCGCCCUGCUGCUCCUGCUGAACCAGGGACACUGAAGACUAGUCUGGUGGCAACUCCAGGCAUUGACAAGCUGACAGAGAAAUCGCAGGUAUCGGAAGACGGGACCAUGCGCUCCUUAGAGCCAGAGUCUUCACAGUCUCCUUCGGAGGGUAGCCCGGCUGCGGUCAUUAGUGACACAGAGUCCUGGAGCGGGGUAAGGCCCUGUGCUCCUCUCCUGCAUGGAAAGGAGACAUUGCAGCCCAAACGGGAUCGAAGGCGUCUGUCCAGUGCAUCCUUGAGCGGGCAGUGGACACCGACUUCUGACUGGGUGCUGUCUUGGAAAUCGAAGCUGCCUCUGCAGACAAUCAUGCGGCUCUUACAGGUGCUGGUUCCCCAGGUGGAGAAGAUCUGCAUUGAUAAGGGCCUCACAGAUGAAUCUGAAAUCCUCAAGUUCUUGCAGCAUGGCACUCUAGUGGGACUGUUACCUGUCCCUCACCCCAUCUUGAUCCGCAAGUACCAGGCUAACUCGGGCACUGCCAUGUGGUUCCGAACCUACAUGUGGGGAGUUAUUUAUUUAAGGAAUGUGGAUCCCCCCAUCUGGUAUGACACGGAUGUGAAGCUAUUUGAAAUUCAGCGAGUCUAAGAUGAGAGAAGGCACUUACCUCUGAUCAGAGAGAAACACUGGAAACAAGGACCUCGCUGUGCGUUGCUCCAUCACAGCUAUUUCUGCAUUUCACAGCCAGCUGAGAGACCAAAAGGACAAUCACUUCCAUUUACCUACCUGUCAUUUGAAGCUUUAAUCAGGAUCUGCUCAGAGAUACCUGCCCCUUAGCCCACCUCCCUUCCUAUCCCUCCCCAGGAACCCUGAGUGAAAGAUGCCUAGGGAGUGUCCAUUGUGGUUGUUGCACUAGAAACCAGACCAUUCUUAGCUCUUCUGUCGUUCUCUCACUCCUGGCUUUGGUCUGGAGACAAACCUGAACCUGACCAGCUGGAGGCUAUGACCUCCGCUCCCUCACUCCCUGGUCAGAUUCAGCAUUUGAUUAAAAGACUCUGAAUGUAAAGAGUUAAACUGGGUCAGCGAGGGAAGCUGCUGCUGCUGCGGGAGGUGCGUGUUUUUUUUAUUGUAGAAAUACAUAGCUUUUGUGGUUCUUUUCCAAAGAAUUUAUUCCAAGACUCCAUCAGGUUGCAGGUCGUCUUGCUGCUGCCUCUCCUCACUGUCCAUGGCAGGUCUGGAGGAUCUUUAUUUACCAGCUGAAUUAAAAGGGAAUGCUAAAGGGAAUCUAUUUGUUCAUCCACCUCAUGUCUGUGUUUUGAGUCCCUCUUUCCUUCCCCUUCGGUUGCUGUAAGCCAAUGCUUCAAUGCAAAGUCCAAAGCUCUGCCCUUUCCCUUUCUUCCCCACUUUGCCACUCACUGCCCUGGAGGUUUGCAGACCUGGAAUGGUGCUGUGCCCUUAGAGAUGGGCUCUUUAAAUGACCAGAGUGUAUGUGUCUAAAGCCACUUUGAAUACCUUACUCAGACUAAGGGGGUCAGUGCAAAGGCUGGGAGAAAAGGGCUGGACCUGGAGGCAUCAGCAGGCUUUUCCUUGCAAGGAGAAAGGAACAGUUUGUAUCGCUGUCCAGCAGCCUUUUCCAAUUGAUUGAAGGGACAGCAUUGUCUAGCCUUGGAAAAAGCUAUAUCCCACCUUCCUUGCUGGGCAUAUUGUCACGACAUGUGGGGAAUGGUGGAAGGGAUCAGUUGUGCACUGCUUUUUCAGGGCAAGGGGUUGAACGAAGGUCUCAGGGAAGUCUUAAGCAGCAAGUUGAAGGCAGCAGGAGAAAAGCAGCUAGACACUGGUGGGAGUGUCCACUGGGGUGAAGUUGGAUCCUUCAGAAGGCCUUGAUGGCUUCUGGAUUAAAAAAGCUAGACUGUAUUGGAUCUCAGGCAUGGUAAGUGUGGGAAUCUAUAGUUUGCAGGGACAUUAGGAGAUCAUCUGCCUCACUCACAACAUAUUGUGAUGCCAUGUUUGAUGCAGCAGUGCAGGGUUGCAGUUCUGUAGAUUAGGGCAUGAGCCAGAGAUGUUUCUGUUCCACUGGAAGGUCCUUAUGUUGCAGAAGUGGGCCACAGGAUGAGGGGGAUCCUCUCAUGGACCAAGUUCUAAUUCCUCUACUGCUUAGUCCUUUAGUGUUUCAUUCUGCAGACUGCCAACGACAGCCAUUCUUGAUCCUUAGCUUUAGAACCACUGCUGUAGAUGACUCCAUGUCAACCGUUCUCCCUACCUGUAUGCAGGGGGCAGCCACCCAGUAGUACUUUCCCUUAUGAGGAGCUCCAUGCUGUGGUAUGGGCAGCCACCGUGCAGUAGCCCUCUUUCCGGUUUAGUAUGGGUAGCUCACUGAUCUAGUAUCAAAGCAGUCCCCCUCCUGUGGUGCUGGAACUGGACUAAAACCCCCAGCUCAGUUUGGUACUGGAGUAUAGCCUGGAAUAUCCUUGAAGGACAAGGGAUAGAUGAAGGGAACCUUUUUUCUCUCCACCCCCAAUGCAUUUUGUCGUCAUUUCCACCACCACCACCCCCCUUCUGUAUAAAGACAUUUACAGAUUGAAGUCUAUAUUUUGCUUGGAAAUCUCUCAUUGGAAGAAUGUGAUUGAUGGAGCCCUGGUGAUGGGCCGACAUCUGAUUGUACCGCACCUGCACCUCACAGCUGGACAAGGGACUUCUGGUGUCCCGGAUGCUUGCUUUUCCCCUGCCCGUCACGCACACUGGUUUUGUGGUAUCUUCCGGCCUUUCAGUUUGCUUUGUAUAUCUUCUGUUCCUUUGUGAGUUCCUCUGCAGUUUUAUGUUCCUUGAUGUUUCAGGUUCAUGUUCCUUGAUGUUUCAAGUUCAGUCUUUGUUCCAUGAAAAUCAAAUUGCACUGUAAACUAUUUGCUCACCUAUAGAGAUAUAAAAAUUAUCUUAAACAUG